AAAAUAGAUGGAUGGCUAGUUUCCUCGUUUGUGUCCAGGUUCACGAAAGCCGGCGGUAAAGUGGAGCAGAAGAAAGUCUCCAGUCUUGAGGAGUUGAGCUCGGACUACCACGUCAUUGUCAACUGCUCGGGCCUGGGCUCCAAGGAGCUGGUGGGAGACUGCGGGCUCGUCCCGGUCCGGGGCCAGGUCUUGAAGGUGGACGCCCCUUGGCUGAAGCACUUCAUCCGUCAAGAGGGAGGGAAGUCAUACAUCUACCCCGGCUCCGGCUACGUCACUGUGGGCGGCACCCGACAGGAGGGAGAUUGGCGCCUGGCGGUCGACCCCGGGGACACCGAGGCCAUCUUGGAGCGCUGCACCAGGCUGGAGCCAUCCCUGUGUCGGGGUAGAGUGCUGGGGCAGUGGGUCGGGCUCAGGCCCUCCAGGAGGAAUCCAAGGGUGGAGAGGGCGGGACAGCGGCUGGGCGGCGGCCGCGGGGCCCAUGUGGUGCACAACUACGGCCACGGUGGCUACGGCGUCUCUCUGGCCUGGGGAACGGCCGUCGACGCCACCGGGCUGGUCAGGAGCUGCCUUCAAGAAAUGCAUCCACGAGCC